CCUUCACCCGCACCUGCCCGCAGCUCCCGGGGCCGCAGGUGCGGACGACAGCCGAAUUCCACGCCCCGCGGAGACCCGCCGGCUCUGGGAGGUGAAGGGAACGUGCGGUCUCGUGCCGCUGCCGGGCCGGCGCCCCAGAUUGAGCUUUAUUAACCAAGAAGCAUGGAGGUCAUUCACGGCAGGCCCUACUGUUGCAGGGAGCUUGAUGGAUCUGAUACACUGUCAGACACCUUUUACUCUAAUGAAGUACACACUCCACUAGAAACAACUACUCGCCCAACUGCCUCCCGAGACAGAUAUCGUGAAUUAAGGGAGUCUCUCAAACGAUGUAGGCUUUCUUGGGGCACCGAAAGGGAAUAUGGCAGGAUGAUGCCUAUUUCACUCCCUGAAGAGCACAGACCAAAAUGUGAACCUCCUCCUGCCAUGAGCAAAGGACAUCAGCAUUACGGAUUUGGUGGAGAAAACUGGCCGAGAAAGCUUCCUGUUGAACAAUUUUAUUAUUUGACACAGAACAAAAAAAGUGGCCUCUAUGGAAAUGAUUCUUUGCUGCCCAAACCACCUAAUUCAACAGUAGAAGAAAUAUGUUCCCUGUAUCCAAUUGAACACCCCUAUCACACACACAUCUCCCGUGGUGCCAUGUUCCCGACCUUCACAUCACCUAAGGAGCUGUACACUGGCAUUAAAGCCCGAAGCCAUCAGCCAUUUCCUCCCACUGUGCCAACAAAGGCUUAUGAUACAACGGUUUUGAAGACAAGAGGUAACCCUUACAGAUAUGAACUGCUUGAUUUUCCCAUGGACUCAAAGAAGAGAGCCUUGACUUGGCCAGGUCAGGGUGUCUAUUAUGACUUCCCUAAAUAUGUUGGGAAAAACAAGCCAGUUUUCUACCCCAAGCCUCCUAAAACCUUCGCGCCUAACACUUCUUUAAAUUCGUGGGACCCUGUUAACUCUCUAAAAGAAGCCAACAUACAAAGAAAUCUUGAGAGGUCCCACUGGAUCACUUCAUACAAUAAUGACUUUACAGGUCACGGGCCCAUGAAUCCUCUUGAACUGGAUGAUUACCAUGAAAAGGAGGUAGCAGAGCUAACUGGACAGAUAGGAUUUGACCCAGAGCCUCAAGAAAAAUUCCAUCCUAUCUUAAAACCACCCAGACCCUUGGAAGGACGAAUUGCCCGAUUAAUUCAGAACCGACGUCCUCUGCAGGCUACUCUCCAGCAAAAAACACCUUCUUGUCCAGAUUGUACCCCUAGAGUUUUGUGUAAUUUUCAUACCUUUUUACCCAGUUCUACAGAAAUGAUGGCACUUAAAGAUAACACACUGGCGGGUGUGAUCGAUAAAAACCAGGCAAUGGAAGACAAGAUUAAGGAAGACCAACACUUGCUGUCUACCUAUGCACUCCCAUCUUCUUAUGAAACAAAAGAUCUGACUAACACUUAUGAUAUAAAAUCAUUUCCAAAAAUCACAGACACUAAAAAGACAGAAGAUUUGUACUGGAGACAGCUGUCACCAAAAUCCCAACCUAUAACGUACUGUAACCUAAACCAUUACCUCCAUUAUGACCAACUUAAAACUAGCGCACAUGAUCCGUAUGCUAUAUGUCAAAACCCUGUUAGACUUAGUAAGCCUAGUAUUUUACAAAAUAAACCAGUCUCAGAAGCUUUGGACUUAGAACACUUUUUAAAUGAACCAGAAGAACGACUGACCUUGAACAUGGAAAACAAUGAAGAAACAAGAUCUAUUCUGGAUUGGAUUCCUAGAGGUGGAGUGACCAAGCCACAGACUGACCUACUGGAGCUUAAGAACUCUUUUUCAAAAACCGGUGCACAAAAGCAGUUCUACAAAUCAAUUCUAGAAGACCAUAAAGAUCUCAGGGAUAAGGAUGAUUCAGGGAUGAAACACCAAUUCUAUGGCUAUAAUUCCUAUUAUUUCUAUCACUGAGACAAUCAUCCUUCCCUUCAAAACCCAGCCUCUUGCAAGAAAAAAUAUAACAGAAUUUCUUCCUUGUUGCUGGAUUCUCUUUUCUAGUAUGACCUUGUUUCUACAAUGGCCUUGUUAAUGAGGUUUAUGUUUUUGGGAAUUUAAGUUAAGAUAUGCUCAGUCAGAGAAAUCAGAAAAGGUGGUGAUCUGACUUCUGGAAAAGAUUAACAAUUUGGCAAUAAAAUACUAGUACCAGAAAAAUGUAUAGUCUUUAAUCCCAUUGUCUAGUUAUACGCUAAGUAAAUUUUCUGAAAUCAUGAGAAACAAAAUGUAAGACAAAUUUUAAAUCACUGAGGAAAGGUUGAAAACACUCUGCAUGUAUGCGGACCCAUGCAGUUAAAAAUCAUGUGUUGUUCAAGGGUCAAAUUGGGGUAAAAAAACAAUAAUUGGUGAAUGUCUAUCCAAACUACUAAAUAAAAAUA